AAAUUUCUGUGUCGCUCAUAAAUAAAAAAAGGCAAAGUGUGUGUGAUCAGUGACUCUGUUUGGGUCGACAAGUACAGUGACAACGACUUGAUUUUCCACACAGUAGCCCUUUUUCACUCCCCCAGCUUGGAGCGACCUAAAGCACUGCCCUUAGGCCUAUUAUGAUUUGAUGAAAUAACCCUACUGCCUCCUUUAAGCCCAUCCCUUUGCUGAAUGUACCCAGUGAUCAUCAUGCCACUUUCAUACCCUAAUGCACUUUCUACGCCGGAGAACCAAGAGUGAUCCCACAUGCACCUCCAAACAUUUUUUUUCUUGUGAUUUUAAGGGAGAUUUUAUUUAGAGGCGGUGCUUGUCGGUUCCAGAGUAGCGUCGUAACGACACUUUUCCCCCCAGUCCCUGUUAAAAGAGUUAGACCAGGGCCAGAGUUGGUGCUGGGGGGUCGCCUAUAGUUUAGUAAUUUCCUGGGGGGUGAUUGCUGCGUGUUUUUUAAAAAAAAUCCCAGCUGAUUUUUCUAUUUUCUCUUUCAUUUUAUUUUUUAUUUUUCUACUUAUUUGAAUAUCGCCACUCUCUCACUCUUAAGAUCUGAUACCCCUUCGAGAUUUUGCUCCUUUCAGAUCAUGAACAAACUAUAUGUUGGGAAUUUAAGUCCUUCGGUCACUGUCGAGGACUUGAAGCAGCUCUUUGGGGAGAGGAAGCUGCCAGUGGCCGACCAGGUCCUACUGAAAUCCGGCUAUGCUUUUGUGGACUUCCCCGACCAGAACUCGGCCAUAAAGGCUAUAGAGACUCUUUCUGGUAAAGUUGAAUUACACGGCAAGGUGAUAGAGGUAGACUACUCUGUUCCCAAAAAACUAAGGAGUCGGAAGAUCCAGAUCCGGAACAUUCCCCCUCAUCUACAGUGGGAGGUUUUGGAUGGCCUUCUAGCUCAGUAUGGUACUGUAGAAAACGUGGAACAAGUGAACACUGAUACAGAAACAGCAGUGGUGAAUGUUACGUAUGCAACCAAGGAGGAAACUAAAGAAGCCAUUGAGAAGUUAACAGGACACCAGUUCGACGACUACUCUUUCAAGGUGUCAUAUAUUGUGGAUAUGGAUGCUGCUCCGCCUGACGAGGCUCCCCGCACACGACGCGGGGGCCGGUCGUCCCGUGACCAGGGUGCCUCUCAGCCCGGGCCUUCAGGAGAAUUUGGCGCUCCACGGCGACAACAUGACUUCCCCCUGCGUAUGCUCGUGCCUACUCAGUUUGUGGGAGCCAUCAUUGGCAAGGAGGGCCUCACCAUCAAGAAUGUCACCAAACAGACACAGUCCAAGGUGGACAUUCAUCGGAAGGAAAAUGCAGGUGCAGCAGAAAAGCCCAUCACCAUCCACUCAACUCCUGAGGGCUGUUCCUCCGCCUGCCGCAUGAUCCUGGACAUCAUGCAGAAGGAGGCCAACGAGACCAAGACGACGGAGGACAUCCCUCUGAAAAUACUCGCCCACAACAGCCUUGUGGGCAGGCUGAUUGGGAAGGAGGGCCGCAACCUGAAGAAGAUCGAGGAGGAGACAGGGACCAAGAUUACCAUCUCCUCGUUACAAGACUUAACCAUUUACAACCCUGAGAGGACCAUCACGGUGAAGGGCAGCUUGGAGGCGUGUUGUAAAGCCGAGGCGGAGAUCACAAAGAAACUGAGGGAAGCCUACGAGAAUGACAUUGCUGCUAUAAACCAACAGGCCAACCUGAUCCCAGGCUUGAACCUGAACGCUCUGGGCAUCUUCUCCUCUGGUCUGCCGGUGCUGCCCCCUGCUGCUGGACCACGUGGUGCAGUGCCCCCAGUGGCACCAGCAGCAUACAACCCAUUCUUAAGUCACUCUUCACAACUCAGUGGCCUGUACGGGGUUCCUCCAGCAAGUGCCAUCCCCCACCAGCACUCACAACAGGCUCAAGAACAGGAGGUUGUCUACCUCUUUAUUCCAACUCAGGCAGUCGGGGCCCUGAUCGGCAAGAAGGGCCAGCACAUCAAACAACUCGCCCACUUCGCUGGAGCUUCCAUCAAGAUUGCCCCAGCUGAGAGCCCAGAUGUUACUGAGAGGAUGGUUAUCAUUACUGGAACCCCAGAGGCUCAGUUUAAGGCCCAAGGUCGGAUAUUUGGGAAGCUGAAAGAGGAGAACUUCUUCUCAGCAAAGGAGGAGGUCAAACUGGAGACGCACAUCAAGGUUCCCUCAACUGCAGCCGGCAGGGUCAUCGGUAAAGGCGGCAAGACGGUAAACGAGCUGCAGAACCUUACGAGCGCUGAGGUCAUCGUACCGCGGGACCAAACUCCAGACGAGAACGACGAGGUCUUUGUGAAAAUCAGUGGGCAUUUCUUUGCCAGCCAGACUGCACAAAGGAAGAUCCGGGAGAUCAUUCAGCAGGUCAAACAGCAGGAACAGAAGCACCAGCAGGGCGCCGCUGUGUCACCGCACCACGCCAAGUGACCAGCGGGGUGUCUCCAGUGGGCGCCAGCAAAUGAAUGUAGCCCUCCCAAACGGACAGAGACCUACCCAGACAAAGGCCAAGGCCAAGGCCAAGGGGGACAUGCAGGGCAGACCAGCAGCACCGGGAUCAAAACCAAAGAACUUCACUAGGGGGGAAACAAGUGAGAGCCAAAGGCUGAGGGCAUUGUGUGCACUGCCAGCCCUGUGAGAGCAGAUAGAGUGGGAGAAACCGUACUGAUAUAAUAUAUUAAAAAGACCAAAAAAAUCUAAAAGAAAGGUGGAAAUGGCAGAGAAUUUGGGAACUGUUGUCAGUUAAAAAGGUCAACAGGAAAUAGUAUGUCGCCCUGCAUAACGUUAUCUCUUUAGUUGGACUAACAUAGGCCUAACAAACGGAUAAAGCUGUAUUAACACGAGCAUAUAUGAAGCAUUGUGAUUGAUGUUUUGGGUUAGAGGGAGAGCAAGUGACAAUGGACACCUUCUCUCACAAGAGUUUAAGAUGAUAUUCAGAUUGCAAGAUUAAAUAUCCUUAGCAGUAUUAAUACAGAGUAGAAAAGUAUAUUGACACACACUGAGAGUAUGCGCUGUUAUUUUUCUAUCAAAAUGACAGUACGACUUGGUGUAGUUUUUAAUAUUUUGCUAGUUCCAGAGAUUGAUUGGGCUGUGACAGCCACACAAAGCGGUUUCCCUUGUUUGUUCACAUUAUUAUAGGCCACUGAAAUCAAAAAUCAAAAAAGAAAACCCUUAUAAGUAAAUAUGGUGAAUGGUUCUGAGUCUUUGUAACAAGCCUGUGUGUGUGCCAACGCAAAAGAUAACGUCCCUUUGAAAUGUCUCUCACCAUUCAUAAUAGAUGCUACACUUAUUUUAUUUGUUUUAUUUCUUCAUUUUCUGCUAACUUCUGCUUCUCUUUCUCAUCACUCUCUCUCAUCUGGCAUCAUGUUUAUUUGUUGUCAAGAAACACUUUUUUUUCCGUAGCCUUUUGAUAACAUUGAACUGACUGCCACUUUUGCUCAACAGAACAGAGGUUAAAUGCAACAGAGGGAUUUUUUUUUGUUUUGUUUUACCAGUAAACUGGUAUCACUCUCCCAUGCUGUACAGUAGACUAUAACUACAUUCAUGCUUGUUGUCCUAAUAUAAAAAAAAGUCAAAAGAAUGUCUCUUAAGGCAUUCUCCUUCGAUAAUGCUCAGAGCAAAAAUUGACGUUUUAAAAAACAAAACAAAAUGGUGCACAUUUGCUUGUUAACAUGCGACCAGUCAUUUUGGAUGUGCACCGCCACACGCUCUGCCUUAUGAGGACGUCAUGAGGGCCAACACAAAAUGUGAGCUGAGGGCCCAGAAAGGGGACGGGGUGUUAAGGGAGGGUGGGGUGGGAGGGUGCAGACUCGUGGUGUGUGGAGUGGCAGUGAGGAAAAGUUUUGGGUUAGAGGGUGGGGGUGAUUUGGGGGUUUAUGGGGAGGCACUGUAUGACCUGUGGUACACACACAACCGCAAACGUGACCGCAGCCGCGUUUGGCUUUAACCCAUCUCUUGUCAGGGAGCUUUCUAAAACGGCAUGACAGCUGUGAAUGUACGAUAUGCAGCCUUUUUAGAAAUAUCACCCCUGCCGUGUCCAGCAGGCCGGGCCAGAGGCACAGACACACAGAUUGUCAUUCUCACUCUCGCUCUUUUCUUUUAACUUUUUAGUUUUAUUUUGGCGAGCUGGCCUGCUGCUCUGUGAGUACGCUGGACACGCAGGUCCUGGUGUCCCUUUGUGCUUUACUUCGGAGACCAUGGAAGCUUGUUGCCUUAUUUUGUCACCUUUCAGACAUCACCCAUCAGCUUCAUCUUCCAGACGCAAGGUUAUUGCCAAUACGCACAGCUUCCUCCGUGUGUGUGUAUGUGUGUGUGCGCGUGCGCAAGUGUGUGUGUGUAUAUAUAUAUAAAAAGAGAGAGUAAUAUUUAUGAAUCUAUUUUUUUCCUAUUUUGUGAUGAGAGCUAUUGAUAAGAAACAAAAAGAAAACAAAGUCCUUUUCUUUUUUUCCUCAGUGGGACACUGCCAUAUUAUUUUGAAGGGAAGUGUUUAUUUUCUUGAAAACUAGACUAUGAAUAAUAAUAUAAAUAAAAACCUGAAAAAAUAGGAGAACAGUAAAGUGAACCACCGUGUUAACUUUGGUCAGGAUGUGAACAGUGCGCAUGUCAGUAUUGUGAUCUACCUCAGGCUUCAGGGUACCUCAGUCCAAUCUUUCAUUUCCCCUUUUUCCACAUUUUGUAUGCCUUGUUAACUGAUCAUUUUGAGCGUUUUUAAUUUUCUUUUUUAAUGAAAAAAAAGAACAAGAGAAAAGACCUACAGUAAUCUCUAAACUUUUCAGGUCCAGCCGACUAGUGAAACUUUGUAAACUGUAGUCAACUCUGUUGGACUAUCUUUGCCUGGACGCCAUACAACCUCUUAAUGAUACACGUGAAAAGGAUUUCAAAGUUGAUAUUUUGCUAGAAAGGAAUGAAGAGCAGGAUCUAAGGGGUACAUACCUGCCCGAAGUGGUUCUGAAUGUGGAUGUUGUGUACUGAUUUCACCAUCAAAGAAAGAAAAAUAUACAAAUCAGUUGCUAGAAACAGAAACUAACCAACUGUACCUCCUGUUUUUCCCGACUGUACCUCCAGGUUUUUUUUUUUAGACUUUAAAAAAAACAAUGAAGUUUAUUCACUUGUGGGGAAAAAAAUGAAUUUUAUAGCAACCCAACUCAAUCUUACCAGCUCUAUUUGAUAACAGCAUACUCUGGGGUUGAUUUGAAGAAAACACGAAGCUGCAAAAAUACACUGACAGGACUCUUGAACAUGGUGUAAAACCUUAGUCUUCUGUGUAGAAUGUAGAACAACUCUAGUCUAGUCGUUGAAAUGUCACUGUGUAUGACAAAAUAACUGUAUAUCUGUAAACAUGUACGAUAGUCACACAUAAAUGCAUCGUAUUCUGUCUCUCUAUAACACUUACCAGUCUGCACCUGCGUUGUGAGAGAUGGUGGGAGAAGUUUAGAGCGUCACAGCUUCCCUCAAAACUGACCUCUAAACGUGUUUUCCCAUCAAUCUACCGAUUUUAUUUUGAUUUGUUUUGUUGUGCUGUACAUUUCAGAAUUACCUCUCAGAAUCCAAGGCUGACUUUAGUUACUAAAACCGAUGUAGGGCAAAAAGAAUUAAAUAAAUGAAUGAUAUAGUGAAAGUUAGUGUUUUGUCUUUGGAGUUCUUUUAACUGUUGAGAGCUGAUUUUUCCUUUUUCGAGGGCAGACUUUUGUCAUCAGAUGAGGUGGAUCAUUUUUGUCCCAGUGAACACAGACUAGCAGUGCUAAAAAUAAAACAUAAAGGUCUAUCAAACUCACACAAUGCCUGAGGCAGUUUCAGCAAGCCUCCCCACAGCCGGUACAGUACCUCAUACUGAUGAUGAUAGCUCACAAGACCUGAUUCAAAUACCCUGACCUUACCUACACAGAUGCAGUACGGUGCUUCUACUUGAAUGCAUGAUUCCUGUGAUGGUCUGCUUCCUUGUAGUAGGGCCAUGUCGCAGUGAGAAAACGGCUUUUCACAGUAGCACUGGAAAUUGUAGUUUGUCACUCAUGGUGUGUUUGACUGUCAGCAGUAGCUUUUUAGAGCAGUUUUGAAGUUGAGGCUCUUUUCUCGCGUUGCAGAGGACUCUUCAGACCUCUGUCUCUCUUGUGUUUUGGCUCUUUAUACAGUAAGUGCAGGUUUCCCUCUAAGCUGGAUCGGUUUCACUGUGGGGUUGUCAGCACAGCAUCCUGGUUGUUGAGACAUUUGUAAACCAACUGAAAUCUGAGGCGAAACUUGUCAAGAUGAUUUUUUUUUUUUUUUACUUCCAAGGAUUGGUGUUUAUAGGUUUUGUGGGGUGUUGCUAGACAUUAAUAUUCAGUACCAGAAAACCACAAUUACACACAUCACUGAGGGUGUACUGUGUUGUUAGUCAUAUCACAUGGUGGUUGGAUAGUUUAGGCUUUUUUGUUUUGUUUUGUGUUGAUCUAGUUUUCUCGUCAUUUACACUGAUUUAAUAAUGUAGUCUGGAGCAGUAGCUGGGAUUCUUUGCUUAUAAUAUUCAUUCCUGUUAGAUCACUACCAAUAAUACUAGCUGUUAAAUUGUGGUUGAAAAAUGUCCUAGCUAGGAUUUUGAACAGAUUUGGGAAUCAGAAUGGCAACAUAAAAUGAAUGACAUACAAAGAAGGAUGGAGGGGGUAUCCAGGUCAGAUUAAAAAAAUAAAGCUGAUAAAACUUGUUCUGCAUUAAACAACCAUUCAAAAACUAUGGAUUAGCUGAGGAAGGAUUUAGUGAAGUCUGGUUGGAUGUAUGCAGAACCACAGCAGUGUUUUUUUUUUCCUGUCUAGUUGUUAAAUGAGAAAACACAAUGCAUUGCAUGAGACUGUUGUAGGCGAUUCAGUAUUUACUACACUUCAUAUAGCACUAGACUUUCAGUAGUGGUUUUACAUGGAUCCAUUUCUUAACUGCAUUUCACCAUUUGGGAGAUUCCUUUUGUUUCCUCAGUAGGUCAAAACCCUCAAGUCCUACAUUUCCCAUGGGCCAAAAGGUCCCAAACACCUCAAGGUAAUCGGUGACUGUGUGCUGGACAGACAAAUGAUCCAUUUUUAAUACAUCUUGUGGAUCCAUGCCUUUCUGGUAACAGCCAUGCUGUUGUUUUGAGUUGUGAGUGAACUGUAUUGCUGAGCAACCUGGAUCUGAGCAAUAAAGAAUAUCUGAAAAAAACAA